GUAUUCGGGAGUGUUGACUAAUUGUGGGGGGCACGCCGUCGACGCGGCGGCCGGCUGCUCGGCGGCGCGGCUUCAACCAAAUUGAAUCGGGAUGAGUACAAGAUAGAAACAGCUAGCUUACGGCGUCGACGCGCGCGAGGCGGUAGUCCCUCCGGCCCCGCCGGCGGUAGGUCUCGACCUCGGCGUCGAAGGUGGUAGGGGUGUCGAGCUGGACUCGAUCAAAACACCGAGCGUCCGCACCUCUCAGCCAGCAGUGGUCCGCGACGACGGCGCCGUUUGUCGUCACGUCCGCGAGACAAAUGGCCCGCUCGGGCGGCGCGUGGGAGCGGCGCCGGAGGUCGCUCCGCUCGACGAGCGUCGCAGCGAACGUCGUCCGUUCCGUGAUCGCGCCGCGCGCGAGGCGCGGCGGCCGGUGCGGCUUCUUGCGGCGCGCGGCCAGCGCCGUCGUGCAUGGCGCGACCGCUAGGACUGCGGCGAGGCACCAGCGCAUUUGUACACGAGGUAUUUCGUAAUUUCGCGUCGACGGCGUGGAGUGGAGUGCAGGCCAAAAGUGCUAGGGAGAGCAGUGCAGCUUGCCUCGGCAGCAGGGUCCCUAGACCUCGCUCGGCGGCUUGCAGCCUGAUCUGUGAGUAAGUCUCGCGUCCCACGCGAAUGCUGUGCAGCUAUGCACUGCGUGUCGAGGAGUUAGCCAGCCUCAAAGGCGGUACGGGCUGACCUGGGAAAUUGCGGGGCUGACCAGGGAAAUUGGAGCGAGGGGCUGGAAAUUGGGAUGGCACGAGGCAAGAAGAAGCCCCCAACUGCGCCGGAGCCUACUGGCACGGUAGAGUGGCUGCUCGGCACCUGUUCAGUACAUGUACAGCAUCUCAUGGACAAGGGUGGCAAGAGAGGAUAUAGAAGCCUUUUCACGAGCGACGAGAGCCGCAAGGAGUUCAAGAAAGAGCUCUAUGACAUCUCGAAGCUCGGCAUCACUCUCCGGCCGUGGAAGGCCAGGGUGUUCCAGCUGUUCGAGUUCGAGUGGACGCGGCGCGAACCGAAGGUCAUGAAAAGGUUCUCCCAGGAGUACCUGCACGGACGGGCCGUCAAUUGGACGACGGCGGACCAGGAACCAGGGCUACCCGACCAGAACAAUGGUGAUGAAAGAGGGAAUCGCACCUACAAAGACGAGGCCACUGACUGGAACCGUCUCUCGCUCCGUGCUUGGUACCGGGAGCACAUGGAGUGGAUGAGGAAACAUCCCUUCACAAACCAAUUGUUCCUCACUAAAGCAGAGCACAUCAAAGAGGAUCAAUGGCGCAGCGUACAGCAGUUACUUCGAGACACGUUCAUAUUCGACGUGACAGCCACGAGGGAGCUGGAAAUCACAUAUUCGCCCUUUCACCCGCCGGAGAAGGCAACGUGUGUUUUCCUCCUCUCAAAAGAGAGCUACAAGGCAAUUGCCUCCAAGCAUGGUGGAGAACGCAGCACGAUCGAGGAGCAUGCCAAACCGAUCCUUCAGAAUAAGGAGCUCCUAUACACAGGAGACAUGGACCGCAUCACAUCCUUAGAUGAUUUUCACAAAUCCUCUAAGGGUGCGUGUAUGCUCUAUUCCAUUGUCCGCACCGGUGCUGCGACCUCGUGCGCUUGCACGUGCAUUGAUUACCAGAUGAAGGAAACUUGCGAUUGCAGCCUGGCCUGGGAUGUGAAGCACGGAAGGAUCCAAAUACCAGAAGAAAAAGAUAUUAAGGUCAUCGGAGAAGAGACGAAGCGUGGGGGCCGGAGGAAGGCUAGGAAAGGUGGGGCCCUCACCUUUGAUCAGCCGCGCUUCAGCAUUCCUCCGAAGGCCCCAGCUGCUACAGCCCCCCCUCCCCACCCCUUUGGUUGAUUCUGGGGCUGAACCUGAACCUGAACUGAACCUGAACUGAACCUGAACUGAACCUGAACCCUGGCGCAGGGGCCCUAGACAUCCCUAUAGCGCGUAAACUAGACAUCUCGGGUGCUCCGGAGCGCUCCCUCUAGGCCCCGGUCCGGCCCGCCCAGGCACCUGGGCGGGCCCGCCCAGGUGCCUGGUCUGUGCCUGGCACAAACCAGGUUGGAUCGGGCGGGCCCGUCCAGGCUUCGCUCGGGCCCCUCCGAGCGAUGCAUCAGUCCUUCCUGGACCGGUGGCACGAUGGAACGACCGGCGUCCGGAUGGAGCGGUGGAAUCCGGAUGGAGCGCUGGGAGAGCGCGAUGGGACGAUGGCAUGAUUUUGGCCCCAGGCAGCCCAGACGGCCCGUCAGGCUGCCGAUCCGGCCCUCUGGGCCAGGCCAGUGGCGUGGGGCAGCCGACGCGCAGCUUAGGGCGGCUAGCGGGGCCUUAAAACCGAAUUUUGACGCGUAAUACCCGCCCGGCUAAUUCAUCGCCACGCUUAAUCUCCCAGGCUGUCCUAGCUGCGCGCCGGCUGCCCACGCGCCGCCGGGGGCCCCAUGAGUCCUUUAAGGACGCGCCGGAAGCGCCGGUGCGAUGCCGCGCACCACCGCGCGGCGUGGGCAGCCCACUGCCACUCCCUGAGAUGGGGCGCCGAGUACGACGCGGCGACGGCAUCGCGGGUUGAGCCCCGGUGCCAUUUGACAGCGCACCAACCCCAGAACGCGAGCAGCCGAGCCUUUAGCGAAGAAGAGCUGCGGAGCGGUGUUGCCGGGUGAUGGCCGCCGCGCACAAGCAAUUGCACGAGCGCCAAGUCGAGUUCCCUCGCGUCGACGACCUGGAGGUCGACGCAGUGGUCUCUCCAUGUCUGAUAGAUGACGCGGGCAUCAUGAACGUCAUCGGUUCGGCGUUGAAUGAACGUCCUAGGUGACCCGCAGCUCAGCGCCGCCGGCCUUGUGUAAUUAUGUUUUGGUAUG